UUUGAGUCUUCGUGAAGUGAGCAACAGGACGCCAUUUUGAAUUCCGAGGCGCGCGGUGUUGCCGUUGGUGGGGGUUUCCCGCGCUGUGUUCGCGGUCGCUGUGUGGGCUCUCUGAUCCCCGGCUGGGCCAGCAUGGCGGACAAGAGCCGGCAGAGGGAAUCGGACGACGAGGAGGAGGAAGCGGCCGAGGCCCUGGACAGUCCCGUAUCGGAGGAGCUGAGGGAUGAAGGGCCGGCCUCCCCGAGCUCCCCCCCGGCUGGGCCCCCGAGCUGUCCGAACCGGGCCCCGGCCUCCCGCAGCCCCGCCAGCCGGACCCCCUCCUCCCCUGGACAGGACUCGUCGCCAUCCUCCUCCGGGGUCAACCUGUUCGCCAACGACGGCAGCUUCCUGGAGCUCUUCAAGAAGAAGAUGGAGCAGAAAGCGGCGGGGAAAGGCGAGGAGCCCCGGCCCACGGCGGAGGCAGUCCCGGAGCCGGAGAAGAGGAGGCCCAUCGGCUUUGUGGGCAAGCGUAGAGGAGGGGCGAAGCUGGCCCUGAAGACGGGCAUUGUAGCAAAGAAACCAAAGACAGAUGAAGAAGAGGUAUUGUCAAACAAAGGCGGAGCCUGGGCACAAUAUAUGGCCGAGGUGAAAAAAUACAAAGCCCACCAGUGCAGUGACGAUGACAAAACGCGACCGCUGGUCAAAUAACACAAUGAGACACCGAACAGCUUUAUAAGCACUGUUGGUUACUGCUUUUAAGCUAUCAUGAAAGGGGAUAUCUUAUUCACAAAUCCACAUAUCCUCUCCAUCCUUGCUGGUUCAUGUUGUUCCCUUCGUGAUCUUGGAAUAUACCUUGCUAAAACCCCUUUGCAGACUCAAGGGAGAGAAGACUUCCUAACCAGAAAUUCAAUUUGGGGUGCAUUGUUGGUUUGUUUUUGUUUUUUUCCUCAAAGACAAGGAUUUUUCAGCACCUCUGACGCCUUUCUCCCCAAAAUCCUGUUUACAGCUGCAGAAUUGAGGAGUAUAGAUAUAUAUUUUUUUGUUUUGUUUAUUUUUCCUAUGGGACUUGGAUGUCUUAUGUUUCGUUUAUUCGCAGAUUGCUUUUGUUCAGAUAAUUCUCAGUGUAGACCAUUCUUAUUAAACUAAAGUAAUUUAGCACUAAGUCAAUAUUCACAACUCUUUUAUUUAUCUGCCAAAAGCUAACCCAUUCCACAGCACUGAACAGUGCUUCCAAAACUAACCUCAAUUUUCGAAGUCUGUGUAACACUAGUCCACAUAAUUCUUAUUUAUGAAAUAUGAAUCCGCCUACAUGCUUUUUUAAAUGUAGAAACCACUGCAAAUUCUUAACCUUAUUUUAAUACUAAUGGCCCUCUUAAACUGCAGUUUGAA